CAGUUGAACCAGCUAGUAUGAUAUAGAUUUCAAAACCAUGAUUUGCUGAGACAAGCAUAUCUAUUGCUUAUAAUUUUCAAUUAUGUGAAAAAAAAAAUGAUGAAAAAGAGAAAAACACAGCCUCUCUCUCUCUUUCUCUCUCUGCCCUUUUGGAGAAUGUAUGUAUCCGUGUAGCCCCAUGUGAAGUGAUGGAUAUAUAGCUGGAUGCUUUAUGUCUCUGCCAGGAAGCUUACCAAUCACUGUUUUCUUUUUCAGAUCUGUUUCCCCCACCGCCUGUAAUACUUUCCUAUUCUUUCAAUUACAUAUUCCAAUCUCACCAACCUCUUCAUAAUCUAGCACCGUUUUUCGAUUCAAGUGCCCACAUUUCUUUCCAUGUUUUAUUUCUAACAUGGCAUCUUUUCUCCCAUUUCUCUCUCUUCUUUUCUUUCUCUCCAUCACAGUUUCAUCCCAGCUCAAUGAACUCUUUUUCCCAGGAUUCAAAGAUCCCACCACCAACAUAACCUUAACUGGAGCUGCAACUAUUGAAGAAAAUGGCAUUCUUCGCUUAACAAACGAAACCAGUAGAUUGCAAGGUCAUGCCUUUUAUACCUCACCAUUUCAGUUCAAGAACUCGACAAGCGGCAAAGCCUUUUCUUUCUCUACUUCAUUUGCUAUGGCCAUGGUUCCGGAGUUUCCCAAGCUUGGCGGCCACGGACUGGCCUUCACCAUCUCACCUUCAAAGUAUCUCAAAAGUCUUCCCAGGCAGUAUUUAGGUCUCUUGAAUCCUAGCGAUAUGGGGAACUUUUCGAAUCAUUUAUUUGCGGUUGAGUUUGAUACAGUUCAAGAUUUUGAGUUUCAAGACAUCAACGAUAACCAUAUUGGCAUCGACAUCAACAGCUUAACCUCUAAUGCAUCUACUUCUGCGGCUUACUUCAUCGACAGUUCAACAAAAGAAAAUUUGACUCUCAAGAGCGGGAAAUCAAUCCAAGCUUGGAUCGAUUACGAUGCAGCUGAAAAUAUAAUCAAUGUUACAAUCUCUCCAAAUUCUUCCAGACCAAGAUUGCCCAUAUUGUCUUUUCAUGUAGAUCUUUCACCAAUCUUUCAAGACUUCAUGUAUGUUGGCUUCUCUUCUUCUACAGGUUUACUCGCUAGCUCUCACUAUAUUUUGGGCUGGAGUUUUAAUAUCAAUGGACCAGCUCGGGGUCUUGUUCUCUCCUCUCUUCCUUCACUUCCGAGUCCCAAGAAAAAAUUACAUUCAGGUUUAACUAUUGGUCUUUCAGUCGCAUCAGUGGUUCUUGCAAUGUGUGUACUCUCUCUCGCCAUUUUUUACUUGAUUAGAAGAAUUAAAAACGCUGAAGUUAUCGAAGACUGGGAGUUGGCUGUUGGGCCACAAAGAUUUACCUAUAAAGUGCUGAAGCAAGCUACCAACAAUUUUAGUGACAAGCAGCUACUUGGACAUGGCGGAUUUGGUGAAGUUUAUAAAGGAACGCUUUUGAAUUCGAAGACUGAAGUAGCUGUUAAACGAAUUUCACAUGAUUCUAGACAAGGUGUACAAGAAUUUGUGUCCGAGAUUGCUAGUAUUGGAAGGCUUCGCCAUCGAAACUUGGUUCAAUUAGUGGGAUGGUGUAGGCGAAAAAGUGAUCUUCUUCUUGUUUAUGACUUUAUGUCUAAUGGGAGCCUAGAUAACUUCUUGUUUGACAAGCCGAAAGGGGUUCUUAACUGGGAGCAAAGGUUGAAGAUUAUAAAAGGUGUUGCUUCAGGACUUCUUUAUUUGCAUGAAGGUUACGAACAAAUUGUGAUUCAUAGAGAUGUUAAGGCCAGUAAUGUCUUGCUAGACAGUGAAUUGAACGGAAGAGUGGGGGAUUUUGGUCUUGCAAGAUUGUAUGAACACGGGUCGAACCCGAGUACAACGAAGGUUGUCGGCACACUGGGUUAUUUAGCACCAGAAAUACCCAAAACAGGGAAGGCCACCGCAAGCUCAGAUAUGUUUGCAUUUGGUGCGCUGUUGUUGGAGGUUGCCUGCGGGCGGAGGCCUAUUGAGCCCAAGGCAGUGCCUGAAGAGUUAGUGUUGGUUGAUUGGGUGUGGGAGAAAUAUAGAGAAGGGAAAGUCCUUGAUGUGGUUGAUCCUAAACUGAAUGGUGAAUACAGUGAGGGUGAGGUGUUGAUGGUGAUUAAAUUGGGGCUACUGUGUUCAAACAAUGCGCCCAUGGCUCGGCCUACUAUGAGGCAAGUGGUGAGGUGCCUGGAGGGAGAGGUUCAAGUGCCAGAAAUUGUGAGAGCACCUGAUGCAUUUGAUGGUGGGAAAGGUAUAGUUGAAAAAAUUGAUGAUUUGUUCAACUCAUUUGCAUCUUCAUCCUUUGAUCAGAUGUCCUCUUAUUCAUUUGUGGAAAAUGGUCCUAGUUUUGCUUCUCUUUCUGCCUCUGCUUUGUCUCUUCUUCCUGUAAGAGGAGAAGAAACCAGAUAGCAUCGACAAGAUCAUAAUUUAACAAUCGGAGUUUCAAUUUUUUCUUACUUUUAGAAUUUUUGGUUGCGUUAGAAGUCUAAAAUUGUAGGAACAUGAUUCCCAAGUGAAAAGCUUCAUGUUGCACAAUUUUGUUGUCUUCAUUAUUAUUAUGGGAAGUUGCCUUUCAUUUUUUUUU